CAGAGUUGAACAAUGACCAUAGUUGACAAAGCUUCUGACUCUUCAGACCAAUCAACGGAUCAGAAUCAGCCUGGCAGUUCUGAAGCCGUCUCACCUGGAGACAUGGAUGCCAGCUCUGCCAGCUGGGGUGCUGUGUCUUCAUUAAAUGAUGUCUCAAAUCACACGCUUUCUUUAGGACCAGUACCUGGUGCUGUCGUUUAUUCGAGUUCAUCUGUACCUGAUAAAUCAAAGCCAUCACCACAAAAGGAUCAAGUCCUAGGUGAUGGCAUUGCUCCCCCACAGAAAGUUCUCUUCCCAUCUGAGAAGAUUUGUCUGAAGUGGCAACAGACUCAUAGAGUUGGAGCUGGGCUCCAGAAUCUGGGCAAUACCUGUUUUGCCAACGCAGCAUUGCAGUGUUUAACUUACACGCCGCCUCUCGCCAAUUACAUGCUGUCUCAUGAACACUCCAAGACAUGUCAUGCAGAAGGAUUUUGUAUGAUGUGUACAAUGCAAGCACACAUUACCCAGGCACUCAGCAAUCCUGGGGACGUUAUUAAACCAAUGUUUGUCAUCAAUGAGAUGCGGCGGAUAGCUAGACACUUUCGUUUUGGAAACCAAGAAGAUGCCCAUGAAUUCCUUCAGUACACUGUAGAUGCUAUGCAAAAAGCAUGCUUGAACGGCAGCAAUAAAUUAGACAGACACACCCAGGCAACCACACUUGUUUGUCAAAUAUUUGGCGGCUACCUGAGGUCUCGAGUUAAAUGUUUAAAUUGCAAAGGCGUUUCAGAUACUUUUGACCCGUAUCUCGAUAUAACAUUGGAAAUAAAGGCAGCUCAGAGUGUCAACAAAGCGCUGGAGCAGUUCGUGAAGCCGGAGCAGCUUGAUGGGGAAAACUCCUACAAGUGCAGCAAAUGUAAAAAGAUGGUUCCAGCUUCAAAGAGAUUCACUAUACAUCGAUCAUCUAAUGUUCUCACGCUUUCUCUGAAACGUUUUGCUAAUUUUACUGGUGGAAAAAUUGCUAAGGAUGUGAAAUAUCCCGAGUAUCUUGAUAUACGACCGUACAUGUCUCAACCCAAUGGAGAACCGAUUAUUUAUGUCCUCUACGCAGUCCUGGUACACACGGGUUUCAACUGCCAUGCUGGCCACUACUUCUGCUACAUCAAAGCUAGCAAUGGCCUCUGGUAUCAAAUGAAUGACUCUAUUGUGUCUACCAGUGACAUUAGGUCGGUGCUCAGUCAGCAAGCUUAUGUUCUCUUCUAUAUCAGGGCCCACGAUGUGAAAAAUGGAGGCGAACUUACUCAUUCCACCCACAGCCCAGGCCAGUCGUCCCCCCGGCCGGUUAUCAGUCAGCGGGUUGUCAACAACAAACAGGCCUCGGCAGGCUUCAUUGGACCACAGCUCCCUUCUCAUGUGAUAAAGAACCCACCGCAUUUAAAUGGGAGUGGACCCUUGAAAGAAACCCCAAGCAGUUCCAUGUCGAGCCCUAAUGGGACUCCCAGUGUCAACAGGGCCAGUCCUGGGAGUGCUUCCACUUCGGUUCAGAACUGGUCAGUGAACAGAGCCGCCGUUAUUCCAGAACACCCCAAGAAACAGAAGAUUACCAUCAGUAUUCACAAUAAGUUGCCUGUUCGCCAGGGUCAAUCUCAGCCUAACCUUCAUAACAACUCUCUGGAGAACCCUACCAAGUCUGUGCCCUCUUCUACCAUUACCAACUCUUCUGCAAUACAGUCUACCUCGAAUGCCUCUCCCAUGCCAGUUUCUAGUAAAGUAACCAAGCAGAUCACCCCCAGUGAAACCUGUCCCCAGCCCGUGAUGAACGGCAAGUCCAAGCUGAACUCUAGUGUGCUGGUCCCCUAUGGUGCUGAGUCGUCUGAAGAGUCCGACGAGGAGCCCAAGGGACUAGGCAAGGAGAAUGGUCUUGGGACAACCGAAAGCUCUCAUCCCUCUGGCCACGAGGCUGAGGAUGGUGAGGUUUCUCAGCAUGAGUUUCAAGCGCCUAUUACCCUUAACGGUGCUAACAGCAUGGACAGCGACCUGAAGGAAAACGGUCUGCCCUUGGAUGCUGCCAGCUGCCCAGCCCAGCCCGCUCCACACUUGGAAAACCCCUUUUCUAAGGCCAAUGGUCUCCCUGCAAAGUUGAUGCCUGCACCUUUGCCACCUCUCCCAGAAGAUCAAGUCCUAGAGACCUUCAAACUCAGCAGCAAAGUCAAAAGCUCGAUGGAAGAAACCAGUGCAGCUGGACCAGAAAAGAACCCUGAAGAGGAGGCUGAGGUGGAGGGCAGCACUCUGGAUCCCAGCGAAAGUCUGGAGGCCGUGGUGGGUCUCAGCAGCCAGUUAACGAAGGCACUGCCUCCCACUGAGCUCAGCAUCAGAUCUACCAAAGAGGACGCAUCCGAGAACUGUUCCGCAAACCCCACUGAGCCUUUGCCCAACUCCAACAAUCUUUUUAAUGCCAACAAGAGUACCUUAGGGGAUGCCCUGCUCUCCACACUGUGCGAUCCUGGUGGUUUAACCAGUGAUCCGAUCAAACCAGGACAAGAUGUGAAUGGGACGUUAAUAGAGGGCCCGCGGAGCAAAGGCUUGGUGGAAAUGGCAGAGAAGAUAACACCGACACUCUCCGUAAACUCUGACGAUGAGUGUGACCACAAACUCCGGGUUUUCGUCAGUGGAGAGAAAUGCCAAGAACGUGAGGACCUCCUCCAGAGCUCAGGUGUGGUCCCAAGUGAGCUGCCCUGCCCCCUGUUAGACCCCCUCACAGAAAAUCAUCCCUCAGAUGGGGCCAUGGAGCAAAGCAUCAGUGAGAGAGGCGAAGAAAAUAAGGCUGGGCAGAAAGUUCUGGACCAUUCUCCUGUCAAGGAAAAAAUCAGCCUCAGGAAAGUUGAUCGAGGACAUUACCGGAACCGACGAGAGCGUUCCUCCAGCGGCGAGCACCCAAGGGAGAGCCGCAGCAAGACCGAGGACCGCUACCACAAGCAGCCUCGACACCCCUACAUGCGGGAGCGACCCCGGCAGGACCGCCACAAGCCUGAGCACUGCAAUGGGAGUCAGCACCAUACGGCUCCCAGCGAGCGGAGCAGCCCCAGUGAACGUCACACCCUGGGCCGGUACAGCCACCACCACUCACGGAUCCGAAGCGGGUCCGAGCAGGAGUGGAGCCGGUACCAGCACUCCGACAGUGAGCACUGCUGGGGCCGUGACAAGUACUACCCUGAGAAAACAAGGUGGGACAAGUGUCGCUACUACCAUGACAGGUACGCCCCCUAUACGGCCCGGGAGUGGAAACCGUUCCACAGCGACCGGGAGUACGACAAAGCGGCUCCAUACAGCAGCCGGCCGUACAAGGACUACUACAAAAGCCGGAAAGGCUACGAGCUGGUGGCCAAAGAGAAGGACCGGCACCACUUCAGCAGUCCCAGGGUCGGCCCGCCCCACACGCUCCCACCCUACCCAGAAAAAUACCCCCUCGAGAAAGUCGCACUUGUCGCUGACGAACUUGGUGGUCAUCUGUCUGAUCGCUUCCACAGCCACGCCAAUGGAAAGUCUCGGAAGCGGCGAUAUGGCAGCGUAGAAAUGACCGAGGCUGAGAGGGAAGCCAGGAGAAGCCAGCCCAAGGAGUCCUUCGAAGAGCCCAAAGUGAAGAAGCACAAAAAGUCCAAGAAGAAGAAGAAAUCCAAAGACAAACACAGAGACCGGGACUCCAGGCAUCAGCAGGAUUCAGAUCUUUCAGUCGUGUGCUCUGAUGCUGACCUCCACAGACACAAAAAAAAGAAGAAGAAAAAGAAGAGGCACUCAAGGAGAUCAGAGGACCUUAUUGCAGAUUCUGAACUCCAGUUGCCCAAGGCCGCUGGCUCUGAGACUGUGCACCAUGCCCGGAGAGCCCAGGGCGGCAUCCCUCUCCACCCUGGUGGGCCUCUUGAAGGCAUGGGACCUUGCCGCGAGAAAACCAAACACCUCCGGAUGGAAAGCAGGGAAGGCCCGCAUCGCCUCUCUGAGUGCGGCCAGGGAGGAAGUGUGGUCUGCGGCCAGCGGUGGGUGGAGCGAAUCAAGCACUGA